CGGGCAGGCGGUGUGGGGCUCCGAGGGCCGCUGCUCAUGGCCUUUGCGCCCGCGGGGCCUGAGGCCUCGUUCUUCGAGGUUCUGGACCGGCACCGGGCUUCGCUGCUGGCCGCCCUGAGGCGGGACGGAGGGGAGCCGGCGGGCGGGGGCACCCGCCAGGCCACCGGUUCUGAAGUUCUUGCAUCUAUAGAACACAUCAUCCAAGAAGUAAUCGCAAGCUUGGCGAGAAAUAAAGCACCUGCAUUCACAGUAGACAACAGAUCAAGCUGGGAAAAUAUAAAAUUUGAAGAUUCUGUGGGCCUUCAGAUGGUAUCUCAUUGUACCAUGAGAAAAAUAAGAAGUGAUUCAACAAAAUCAAUUAAAAAAUUUGCUUUAAUUCUCAAAAUAUUGUCCAUGAUUUAUAAAUUAGCACAGAGCAACACUUAUGCAACCAAAAGGGACAUAUAUUACACUGACAGCCAACUCUUUGGUAACCAAACCGUUGUGGACAAUAUUAUCAAUGACAUUUCUUGUAUGUUAAAAGUGCCAAGGAGGAGUCUGCAUAUCUUAUCGACAUCAAAAGGCUUGCUCGCGGGCAGCCUGCGGUACCUGGAGGAGGACGGCACCAAGGUGAACUGUCCCUGCGGAGCGACCGCUGUUGCUGUGCCUUCUAAUGUUCAAGGAAUUCGGAAUUUAAUUACAGAUGCAAAAUUUCUAUUAAUUGUAGAAAAAGAUGCCACAUUUCAGCGCCUGCUAGAUGACAACUUUUGCAACAAAAUGUCUCCUUGCAUCAUGGUUACGGAGAGAAUAAAAGUGCUCACCCCUCCCGUGUGCUCCUGUGACCAGGGCCCUGCCACCCCACACGUUGAGCGUUUGCAUCUGGUGCUGUGUCAGCUUGGAGAGUCUCUCGACAACCUUAUGAGGCAGGUGCUGUCAUCGCCCCACUUUAAUAAGAGGCGACGGGGAUGCAGGAAGGGAAAAGGAGUCCCUGAUCUGAACACCAGGCUUCUAGUCAAGAAGCUGUGGGACACAUUUCACAUUCCUGUUUUCACGCUCGUGGAUGCUGAUCCACAUGGCAUAGAAAUCAUGUGCAUCUAUAAGUAUGGAUCUAUGUCUAUGUCCUUUGAAGCCCAUCACCUCACAGUUCCAGCUGUUAGAUGGCUCGGCCUCCUCCCUUCUGACAUUAAAAGGUUAAAUAUAUCUAAAGAGACUUUAAUUCCAUUGACAAAACAGGACCAAAUGAAACUUGACAGUAUCCUGAAGAGACCCUAUGUCACCUGCCAGCCAUUUUGGAGAAAAGAAAUGGAAAUAAUGGCAGACUCUAAAAUGAAGGCAGAAAUCCAAGCCUUGACCUGCCUAUCAUCAGAUUAUCUCUCUAGAGUAUACUUACCCAAUAAGCUAAAAUUCGGAGGAUGGAUCUAAGAACAUCAACAUAACUUAUGAUCACAAGAGGCUUUUCUUUGGUUUUGUUUCCAGUAGUAGAUAUUGUUGUAUGUAUAUUCUUAAUCCUCCAGAGGUAAAAUGAAAUAAUUCUCCCUUAACCAUUAUUUUUAUCAAAACAAAUGUUAUGCGGUACUUUUCUCUAAAGGGCUCUAUUUUGUCCUCUGUGAUCUAUGUCCUAAAGUAAAUUAUAAAGGAUAUAUGUUAUUUUAACUUUAAAAUUUUAUUUGGGAAAAAACUCUUUAAAGUCUACAAAAAUGUUUUCAUUUCAACAGUAUAACUAACAUUAAGGCAUAUAGCAUCUUAUUAGUAACACAAACUAAUAAUAACCUAAAUUUGAGAUGUUGUAAAUGAAUUACAGUGUCCAGAAGUUUCUUUUGUUUUCCUUUGCCUUUGUAGUAUGGAGCCAAGCCCCAUUUAUUCAUUGGUGAAAUUAUGAAUAAACAUUUGGGUUAAUGUGGUCUUCAGUGCUCUAUUUACUCU